UGUGGCGCCUGCGUCACUGCCUCUUAGUUCGUUUAGAACUUAAGGUUGGCAGUUGUGCAUGCACACAAUCCCUCAGGUGUGGAGGUCACUGUAGAGGUGACUACACUGAUGAUGGUAGACGUAGCACCACCGCCUACGGUUUCGAAGACAGUUGUGGUGCUGCCACCUCCACCAAUAGUCUUGGUGACGGUAGUUUCACCCCCGCCGACCGUCUUAGUGACCGUUGAUGGUACCGAAUCAGUAACGGUGACGGUGGAUGGCUUGAUGGUUUUAGUCUUGGUGACAACCGACGGCGCGGAGACCGUAACAGUAGACUGGACGAUGGUUGUGAUACCCUCUCCACCGCCAACAGUCUUCGUAACGGUCGACUCGCCGCCACCGCCGACGGUCUUGGUAACCACGGACUCACCAGGUGCUGAGACCGUGACAGUAGUAUCACCACCUCCGCCAACAGUCUUAGUGACAACCGAGGGUGCUGGUGCGGAAACGGUAAUGACGGUUGUCUUAACAUCACCACCACCGACGGUCUUAGUAACAACUGAUUGGGCGGGGCCCGAGACAGUAACGGUCGGAGGGGUGAUAGUCUUAGUCUUGGUACCACCCUCACCCUUUCCGUCCCCAUUGCCGACGGUGAUUGUCACGACAGGCGGCUGAGUAGCAGAAGACUUCUCUCUAGGGUUCGAGACUGUUACGGUACGAAUGACAGCUGAGGACGAGGAGCCAAUGUUCAAAGUAGUAGUGAUAACCGUCUCAAUAGGGGUCUCAGAUGAGGCAGAGUUAGUCACCUGGGAAUGUAAUAUUAGUAACUGCUCGAGAAGCCUAGGGUAAUCUAAAACUUACAGUCUUGGUAACGAUACCGGUGCUAUCAGAGACAGUCACGGUAAUGACGGAAGGCUUGUUACCACCUUUGUCGCUACCGUUACCAUUACCAUUACCGUUGCCGCCACCAUUUGUGGG